GGACGAGUGCUGGUAUCUCUCAGACUCAUGUGAUCGUGAGGACGAGUACUGCAUCAACACAGAAGGAUCGUAUAAGUGUUGCUCUAACGAUGGUUUACAUCCCAUCAAUGGAAUCGUCUGCCACGAAGCAAGAUCAUGCAGUUUUGUAAGUUGCCCGAGCACAUCUAUCCAUAUGUCCUUACCUAAAGACGAGAACUACAUCCUGGUUGACUUCAGUAACUACGUCAAGGCUGUUGACGCUCAACUCAGUGAGAUGACGCCGAUAGUGGACAACAUCAUGUCACCAAAUGUUACGUACCCAAUUAUGAAGUAUGAAGUCAGUCCAAGCAAGACCCUGGAAGCGGGACUGUACCUGUACCACGUCACUCGGUUCAUUGCUUGUAAUGAUACCUGUGACGUCAGUGUGCUCAUCAAAGACAACACAGAGCCACACAUACUAAACUGUCCGGAUCUCAGUCAAAAUCUAUACGGAGAGGAGUGUCGUGACGUGAAUCUCUAUGACUACUACUCUAAAAGCAGGAUUUCAUCAUGUUUUGGCGACAAUGUGGGCAUCAAGGAUGUCAUAUGUAGGCAAACCCACCUGGACCGUAUCGCCAUUGGUGAGACAGCACAUAUCACCUGCUACGCGACGGACAUAGCUGGAACUUCUUCAGCCAGUUAUAACAUCACAUUUCACUGCAAAAAGAAUGUUUGUCCGCCCCUUAAACCGCCGACACAUGGAGCCUUUGUCUGCCACGAGGAUAAUCUAGUGCAGAGGUGCAUUCUCUUCUGUAGAGAGGACAAAGUUCACAAGAGACGGAACAUAUUCGAAUGUGACAUGACGAAUCCUUCAUCAACAUGGACAGGCGCGGGAGUUGACGAUAUCAUAUGUCAAAACAGGGGGAGACAUAAGCAGCGGUUCACUUUUAACAUGUCCUGUGAUUCCGAUGACUUGGAUUUUCACCGAGAAGUGAAGCGAACAUUAUCAGGCACAAGAAACGGGCAUCAACUGUGCCACGGCAUGUCUGACGACGAUUGUGAAAUCACAGUCUCCUGUGGGAACUGCUCUUAUGAAGAAGAUAGAGAGAGCAACUGCACAGAGAAUGGCAUGAUAGUUGGAGAAACUAACGGAGCAGGCAAGUAUCAUCUGCGUCUAUUUUAUAAUGGAAAAAGCUAUUCUGGGGUUCAUCUUACUCUGUUUAAACGAAAGAUACUACUUAUUCAUCUGCCUAUGAUUGUAUGAGCGUUCUAAAUUGUUGAUAUAUUUCUGUUUCCAGUGACUACAACGCUAGUGCCGACAAUAUUAUCAACAAAGAUGUCCACACAGUCUACGGUCGAUAAGAGCACCCGCUUCGAUACAGCUUUGGAAACCACCAAAGCUCUAUCUAAAACCACUACCAUUACUACCUUUGAAACUUCUCCAAAUGUUGUGACUACCCCUUCCCUUCAAGUUAUCAUAACUGAAUCUCUUUCCAGUGCUUUAACUCCAAUAUCCACAAAAUUGCAUACUUCUCCCCGCCAAACCACACAACCCCCUGCACAACAUUAUCAUGGCAAUGCCCAGUCACCCUCUUCAAGCACAACCAACCCUGGUGUAGACAGGCCACAUGAGUCAACGUUCCCUGUAGUUCCUUUUGUAUCGGCUGCUGCUGGGGUGACUGUUGCUGUGGUGGCCAUUGCUGUCAUCAUCCAGUAAGUUUUGAUUUUGACGUCGACCAUACGUAGGUGUAACGUUCAAAUGAUGCAAAUAUUUUGGCCAUUGGGAGAUCACUUUUAGCCGAUUGUUAGAAAUAGAUAGCAAUGUGCAAAUGAAUUAUUAUCAUUUUUACAAGUGCCAUCAUGGCUAUUGGCACGCCCUUCGUACUUAUAUGUUGCUGUGUAAACAUUACCAAGCAAACCGAUGUUUUUACUUUUGAUGAUAUCUAGAAGCUACUUACAAUUAAGCAAGCCAUUUGUGGUAGAAAGAGAUAUUUUGACAACCUGUGAUCCAUAAUGUAAAAACAUACAACGCAUGUCGCUGGGUAUACAUCAGUUAAAUUUCUGUGCUGACGAAUUUUUCUGUCAGGUCAUGGGAUAUCGAGUGCGCCAAUACUCAUUUGAUAUUUUUUGCGUUAUAUUUAAUUGUCAUACUCAUACUUUGAAUUUGCGUGUGAGUCCAACCAACGACAUUGCAUAGUCUCAUUUUAUUUGUGAGUGUAUUGACCUUCUGUAUCCUUUGAUCGUAUGCGCAGUUUGAAGAAGAAGAACAAACUUGCGAUUGCAGCUGCUUACAGUGACCAGGAUGGGUCUUGUCACAGCAAUCACGAGACAACUGUGCCUUGUGACGACUCCUUGGAGAGAUAAGAAGCAAAUAAGGUUCACGAGAACAACUUGUUAACAACCAUAAAUGCAUUAAGAAGAUAAUCAAACUACGUCAAGUGGAGAGAGACACUUGACAGAUUUUUUGUCCUAUCUCGGAUGCUAGCUGGAUGUGUAAGAAAGAAUGCAACUGUAUGUUUCUGCAAAGUUGUAUUAGGCCAAUAUCGUAUUUAACAGUUUUGUGAGCUGAGUUGUAUGUGAUAUUAUAACACGACACGUAGGGGAACUUUAUUGACAAGGUACUACUUGUACAGGAACUUCCGUAUAGCAUUCUACAGCUAGAGAUUCACAAAUUCAAUGAUUUUAACAUAGUAACGACUGGGUACAACCAUAUAAACCUUUUAACGAUAGUAAUGGAAAUAGGCUCCAAUUCUGUCAAAGUCCUUCCAAGUGUGGUUCAUGUUUUCAUUUCAAGUUCGGAAGUUACCUGAGAGACGCUAUUAAAAUCAUUUCUGAUAUUUGAUUUGUGAUUAAUGUGCACGAUUACUCGUUUGGUUGUGUUUGGAUCAGUAAUUUGUAUCACUCCCCUUAUUACAACAACCUUGACCCAUCACGUGUCACAAUGGAUUCCUCUUCUCCACUCAGCCUUGUCCUCCAUGAGGGAGCGAAGCUCUGCUGUGGUGAUGUUGCUGAUUUGGGUGUCCCUUUUAAGGCUGUUGAUGAAGGUAGUACGCUUCUUCUCUUUCCUUCUGUCGCCUCCCAGAGGAUCAGCAACUAGUUCUGUAUGUCGGACACAGUGUCCCACCAGCGCCAUCCUCUGUUUCCUGAUCUUAUGAGAAAGUCUAGGGAGGUCACGGUACAGUACGGAUUUCCUCACUCGGUCC